GUCACGUGCAAAACAUGUGACUGAAAAUGAAAGGUUUAUCAUCAAGAAAGAAAAAACAGAAGGGGGUUUAUCAAAGCCCCCAAAAAUGGCUUUGCUACCUGCACUCCGCCAUCUCUUCACCCACUUACGUUCACCAGCCACUUCCAUAGCCUUGUCUAUCUGCCCAAAAUUGUCAAUCCCAAUUCACACAACACUCUCUUCUCUCUUCCCUCUUUCUUCUUCUUCUUCUUCUCAACCUACUACUAAACCUCAUGCUAUUUCUAAAGAGAGUACUCUGGUGCUGAAACAAGACGAGAGGUUAUCGGGGUCUGGUACAGUGAGCGCUCUUGACCCAGCCGUUAAUACUAGCACCAUUGCUGCUAUUGUUACUUCUUUGGGUGGUCCAGCAGCUGCAGUUGGGAUUAUUCGGUUAUCUGGUCCUUCUGCAGUGCCUAUAGUUGGUCGUGUAUUUCAUCCCAAGGUGAAAAAGAAGAAAAGGAGUUCUUCGGAGUGGAGACCGAGUAGUCAUGUUGUAGAGUACGGUUUUGUUUCUGACUCUCAUGGGAAUGUGAUUGAUGAGGUUCUGGUGGUUCCUAUGCUGGCUCCAAAGUCAUACACUAGAGAAGAUGUGAUAGAGCUUCAGUGUCAUGGAAGUGAAGUGUGUCUUCAACGUGUUUUGAGGGCGUGUCUGGAGGCUGGAGCGAAGCUUGCGGAACCAGGUGAAUUCACUCUGCGCGCCUUCUUAAAUGGUCGUUUGGAUCUUUCUCAAGCUGAGAAUGUCGAAAAGUUAAUAUCAGCAAAGUCAGUGGCUGCUGCAGAUGCUGCAUUGGCAGGAAUAGAGGGUGGGUUUUCUUCUUUGGUCAAAUCACUAAGAACUCAGUGUAUGGAGUUGCUAACUGAAAUUGAGGCUCGUCUUGACUUCGAUGACGAGAUGCCACCCCUUGAUCUGAAUCUUAUUAUGGACAAAAUAUAUGGGAUGCUGCAUGAUCUGGAUAAUGCGCUGGAAACUGCCAACUAUGACAAGCUUCUGCAGUCAGGACUACAGAUUGCAAUUAUUGGUCGACCAAAUGUUGGGAAAUCAAGCCUUCUUAAUGCAUGGAGCAAAACUGAUAGAGCAAUAGUUACAAAUAUUGCUGGUACGACACGGGAUGUUGUGGAAGCCAGUGUUUCUGUUCGUGGUGUUCCUGUUACACUUCUUGAUACUGCAGGAAUCAGGGAGACUGAUGAUAUUGUGGAAAAAAUUGGUGUAGAAAGAUCUGAAGCUGUUGCCAGAAAUGCUGAUGUCGUAAUAAUGACCAUAAGUGCAGCAGAGGGGUGGACACCGGAGGAUACAAACCUCCUUGAGAGAAUCCAAAGGAAUCAGUUUCAGACUGCGUCAGGAUGUAGCUCUCCAUUGAUUCUGGUAAUCAACAAAAUAGACUGUGCUCCAUCCGACUCUUAUGAAUGGGUUAAUACAUGUGGCUUCUCCUUCAACAAGCACAUUCCAACAUGUGCUGUCAACGGUCAAGGGAUUCAAGAUCUUGAGGCAGCAAUAAUAGAAAUUAUGGGUCUCAAUAAGAUCCCCGUCGGUGGUCGCAGAUGGACAGUCAACCAGAGACAAUGUGAGCAGCUUAUUCGAACAAAGGAGGCUUUCAUGAGGUUGAAAUCGUCGAUUGAGGAAGAUAUGCCCUUUGAUUUCUGGACAAUAGACCUUAGAGAAGCUGCUUUGGCCCUUGGGCAAAUAAGUGGAGAAGACAUCUCUGAAGAAAUAUUGUCCAACAUCUUUGGUAAAUUUUGUAUUGGGAAAUAAUACAUCUGAAAUUUCACUACUACUAUGUAUUUGACCAUGUAUCAAUUAUCGAUACAUACACAAUACGUUCAUUCUGUAUGAAAAAAACUCAGAAAAUUGAUAGUGUGACAUUGUCUUUGAGAUGACACUGAGUCUUAACUUUAUUGUUGUAACUUUCCUUGAGGAAAAAGGUACAUCAUUUGAUGUUAUAAGCUACAAGAGUUAGAAAACAAAA